AUGGUACCCCCUCCCAAUUCACUGGUGCUGUGGCUGCCGGGUGUAGUGCAUGCAGAAGUGAAAAUAAAGAACGAGCGAGUGAUGUCUCGUGAUGAUAUUUCGUUUCAGAAUAACAAGAAAGCGCGCGCACGCCACGUGCAGGACAAUGUGGUGUAUGGUAAAAAAACGCAGUUUGGCAAACGCCGCGACAUCUUGCCGGCCGAAAACCCCCGGUUUAUCGAGGCAGUUAAGGAUGCGCAAAACAGAGUGGAGCCGCUCGACGGUUCCAAAAGCACGCACAACACUAAGCCCACGGCGCAGUUGGAAACUCGGUUUGCCAACACUCGCACCCAAGCGGAAGAAAAUUAA